CAUUUCGGUCCGCCCUCUAACUCGCCCACCAGUCUCCGAAGCACCAAGUCCCGAGCAUGAUCUACUAUAGCAACCGCAUCCUCUGGCGUCUGCUGCUGCACUCGCACGGGUCGUCCAUCGCCUCCAGCUCUACACUAAGUCGUGCGGUCAUCGUGGCAGCAUUGUCGGCUGCAUUGGUUCCCUUGCAGCGUGAGAAACCGACUCUGCUGCCUGCCGAGACGUUGGAUCAGCUACUGCUUUCCGCAUCGGUCUUCCUAGCGGUUCUACUAGGGCUACGAAUCUUUGCUGCUUUGCGCCAAUGGCAGCGAGGCGUGGAAGAUGUAAGUGCCAUUGCAGACGCUGCGCGUACCCUCACAGCCACCGCAUGUGCCUUCGUACAUUUCUCGCGCAAGGGCGUGGCCGACCGCGCACAGAUCCGCAACAAAUGCCAAUUUAUCCGGGACGUGAAGCGGUACAUUUUGCUGUACGUGACGCUAGUGUUCCACGACUGCAAUGAGAGUGACGCCCCACUUGAGUUGCGCGCGCUGCUGACACAGAAGGAGGCGGACGAGUUCUCGAGUACGGAAGUGCUGACACUGGGUGAACACACGUGGAAUAGAGAGCGCAAUGUGGUCGGGUCGUCCAACAAGUUGCGCGCAGCCGUGGUGGAGCUCUGGCUGCGACGCACGAUCAACCGGGCGAGAAGGAAAAGCUAUGUGACUGUGGAACAGGCCAUGGAACUCAACAAAAUCGUGUCGACACUCCCGCAGAUGUACACGAAGAUCUUUAACCUAUGCAAUGUGCCCAUUGCAUUCAACUUGGCGCAGUGCUUACACGUGUGUUUCGUCGGGUAUUUGCUGCUGAUGGGAGCGGCGUUGGCUCCCGUGAUGGGGUUUAUGACACCACUAUACGUGGGCAUUGCUGCGGUGCUGCUGUUUGCAUUGGACAACGUGGCUUCGUCGAUUGAGUGUCCGUUUGGACCGGACGCGAACGAUGUGGAUCUGGAAGCGCGUAUCUUGUGCAUUCAGGACGAGUUGAAGGUUAUUCUUCAGGCACAUUUCCACUCUGUGGGUCACGUGGACUCUUUCAAGGAGCAAGACCGCAUGGCGUCGCUGUCGUCGCUGUUGUCAGUAGAUGUUGAGACUGUGAAUCGAGGUCGCAACCGGCACGGAUCGGUAUCUUCGUCGUACUCGUCAAAUGAACGCCCGUCUCAGUACACUGCGCCGUCUUCAACGUCGGCCACCGAUCGAGCUGUAUUACUGUCUAUCCAGCCAGAAGCCUACGGAGCCAUCGAAGAAGCAGACGACGAAUUAGCCAGCCCACCGGCGAUGCACGGGUCAGACGACCACGCCCACAUCGCUGUUUAGUCAGAUAGUAUGAAGUGAAGUUGGAGAGAAGUUCGAGUUCAAUCUUGCUGGAUGACAUCAUGAAUUCAAAGAGUAAGAUGAAAUCGCACGUAACAUUAGACUUUGAUGAUCUCUAAUUUGCCUCACAAGUAAUGGAGAGCAGGAGGCACAAACUGGGACGUCGCUCACCGGCUUCGUCAUGGCCAACGACAACCAGUUUGAUCACAUCACCUACAAGCUCGUUCCACUUCACCUCGCCUUGAUAAUAAUAAAAACUCGUAACACGACAUCACUCAC